AUGAAGAUCACUCAAGCUACCCUCCUCGCCUCAGGCUUGGCCUCAGUUGCCUUUGCUCAGAACACAAACUGUACCACCGCAAGCCUCAACACCACUGCUUCCACUUGGACUGUAAUCGAAACCGAUACCAUCUUCAGCAUUGCUGCAGCAACCAACCGCGGUGCUUGUGACAUUGCUCGCGCCAGCAGAAUGCCAGAUGCUGAAUACAUCGAUACUGGCUUCGUGUUGAUUAUUCCCGCCGAAGUCUACGACCCAGACAACGAUUCCUGUCUUCUCACUGCCUCAGACGAUACCACCGCAUGUCUUUACGGAGGACCUCACACUUACACCACUGUCCGUAAUGAUACUGUCGAUACUGUUGGCAAAAUUGCUAUCAAAUUCAACAUUGAUGUUUCCGUCAUCUCAACCGAUAUGCUCGGCGUCACAUCGAAUGACGAAGUUAUUGUCGCUGGAAGCAUGAUGAAAUUGCCCCAAUGCAGUCCUUCUGGAUGUACUGUUCAACCAAUCCAGUUCACUUACGGUGUGUACAAGGAUUUGGCUGCGAAGUACAAUGCGACUGUUGGUCAAAUCUUCGCUUUCAACACUGGAUAUAGAUACAGUAGUUCAGUUGAAUUUCUCUCGCCCAUUCUUACUCUUCCAAUGAAUUGCCAAGCUCUAUCCGACAAUAUCACCGUUAUCUCUUGA